AUAAAAGAGUAAGAGAUUGUAACAUGAGAAAUGUGUGUGGCCUGUCAAACUCCUCAUCCGUUCCUUGUUAGAGGAUUUAUGAAGAGGAGCGACAUCCCGUAUGGAUUAGUCUGUCAACUGGGGAAUGUGAAGUGUAUCUAUUGUAUUUUUUAAUGUUCAAUAAAUUUAUCAUUCAGCUGCAAUGACUAACCAGGGGCAGCAAUGGCGCCCUCUGCUUCACUCCUCCUACUGCAAAGCUUUGCAUAAGCGUGUUAAAACGGCGGUGGCGUGAGCUACUUCAGCGGAGGGUUCCUCGCUCCAAGAUAGAUGUGUCUCCAUAGGUUGUGUGACUACGCUGGUUAACCGCGCCCACCUGUUGACUUAAAAGCUUUGACACGUCCAAUAACUACAUCACAUGCACGAUUCAAAGGCAGUUUGCGCGUGCUAGCCUGAGUUAGCCCACACACGGAUGGUCCUCGGAGCGCGAGGACAAACAGAGGACCCAUGGAAAACGUGCAGCAGUUUCUUCAGGGAGUGGAGCUGGACAACCGGUCAGCAGCACUGCUGACGGGUGCUGCCUGCGGUGUUGGAGCUCUGGUGGUGCUGGCGCUCAAAGUCGCCAGCCACCAAGAGACGAAGGAUAAGAUCCGGAGAGCCAGAGACCGGCAGACGGAGAGCCUGCAGCGGGCGGAACAGGCUGUGCUCCGGUAUAAGGAGUCGCAUCCAACAACCGACUCUUCUCUCAUCCUGACGCUGUCCCUCCCUGAGUUGACAAAGAAACUGCAGGAAGGCAAACUGAGCCCUGAGGACGUGUUUUACUCCUACGUGGAAAAGACUCUGGAUGUGAACAAAAAGCUGAACUGCUGCACAGGGUUUUUGCUGGAGAGUUUUGACCAGCUAAAAACUGUUGAUUCCAACAAGGAUGGUCUCUUGUACGGAGUUCCAGUCAGCAUCAAAGAAAACUAUUCAUACAAGAAUCACGAUGUGUCAUGUGGUGUGAUCGUUAAUCUGGACCAGCCCGCUCAGGAGGACAGUGUGCUCAUUGAAGUUCUGAAGAGACAAGGAGCUAUUCCCUUUGUGAGAACCAACUUACCCCAAGCCCUGUUGAAUUAUGACUGCAGUAAUCCCAUUUAUGGUCAGACCGUGAACCCCCAUAACCUCCAAAAGACCUCUGGAGGUUCAUCUGGCGGAGAGGGGGCUCUCAUUGGGGGAGGAGGCUCUGUGCUUGGUUUAGGUAGUGAUAUAGGGGGGAGCAUCCGUAUUCCUGCCUCUUUCUGUGGCAUCUGUGGCUUCAAGCCAACAGCUGGUCGGCUAAGUACACAGGGUCUGCGACCCAUUUAUCGAGGGCAAAAGUCAGUGCUGUCAUCUCCUGGACCCAUGGCGAGGGAUGUGGACAGUCUGGCUCUGUGUAUGCAGGCUCUGCUGUGUGACCACAUGUUUUCACUGGACCCCACUGUUCCACCCAUACCUUUCAAUGUGCAGACAUACCAGAGCUCCAAACCUCUGAGGAUCGGUUACCUUGAAAACGAUGGCUUCAUGCAGCCGUCUCCAAGCAUGGCUCGAGGCGUCCGAGAAGUCAAAGCACUGUUAGAGCAAGCAGGCCACACUUUGGUGCCUUACAAUCCUUUGAAGAUCGACUACGCCAUCAUUGACCUGACCAUCAGGGGUAUCUUUGCAGAUGGAGCUAAUACCCUGCUGCAAAAACUGGAGGGAAGCCCCUUGGACCCCUGUCUCAGAGAACAGGUUUUUCCUUACUAUUUUCCUACAUGGUUGAAGAAAACCCUCUCAUUCCUCCUGAAGCCUCUGUCUCCUCGUGCUUCUGCUGUCUUCAGUGCUAUCAGUGGAGUUGGAUCCGUUCCAGAUGUGUGGAAGCAGCAUGCUGCUGUGGAGGACUACAUUCAUGAAACAAUAGCGCAUUGGAGAAGAUGCAACAUUGACGUGUUGCUGUGCCCUGUCAUCGGACCAGCCUACAACUUCUUGUACUGCGGCAAGGUUACCACUGUUCUCUCGUACACGAUACUUUACAAUCUCCUCAACUUUCCCGCCGGUGUAGUUCCUGUUUCCACGGUGACAGCAGUGGAUGAGGAGGAACUCAAGCACUAUAAGGGCAUUUAUCGGGACCACUGGGACAAGCUCUUCAAACAGGCUGUGUCUGGAGGCGAGGGUCUGCCUGUGGCGGUGCAGUGUGUUGCCCUGCCGUGGCAGGAUGAGCUCUGCCUGCGCUUCAUGAAGGAGGUGGAACAACUGGUCAAACAGAGCAGAAAGUAAAGCCUGGAGGCCACAGGGCGAGCAACAAACUUCAGAGGCCUCAGGUUAAAUUUACUUUGAGUACAGGCCAGUAUAUUGUUUGUGUAAACACCAUCAAUGCACCAGACUAAUACUGCUGCUAACCCCAUUAAAGCAAACUGAAAUAUUAGUUGAAGUUAACACAAAUAAUAUUGUUUUAGAAAAUGUAGUUGGUUAUUUAAAAUAUUUAACAGUUUGAGUUUUGCUCUUCUUAUCAGUCAUUUUCUGCUCUUUGGCUGUUUUGGGGUCAUGAUAAAGAUGACCUAAAUGUUAACUGUAAAACUGAAAACAAUAGUCAAGUUCAUAAGUUCAUAGUAUAGUUUUUCACUUUUAAUUCAUUCAUUGACAUUUAACAUCUCAUUUUAAUUUUGGAUUUACAUUAGUAUGGGUGAAAUAAGCAGAGCCUCCUGUUCUGCUUAGCCACCACUGACAUUGUUUAACAUUUCAUACAGUAUAGCAUGAACAGGAACUACAUGCUGAAGAACAUAUAAAAUUCACAUCACCAUGAGGUAAAGAGGCCUCAUGACUCAUGAUUUUUUUUUUUUUUUUAAUUAGAAUUUAUAAUCAGUAAUGUUUUGAUUGUGUCUGUCUCUUUUCUCAACUGAUAGCCUACUGUGAUAUGAUGUCUGAAAACAAAACAAAGUAAUUGAUUUUGCACAGGAACCACUACUACUCUACUACUACUACUCUAGUUUUCAGAUGUUAGAAGUAAACAAGUCAACAGUAACAUACACUGUGCAGUUAAAAUAUGAUCCACUGUUCAUCUGUACACUUUUUUAAUAUGUUGUUUUUGAUCUUGCUAUUUGCAAUGUUUCAAAUCUUUACGUUCAAUCCUUUAGUGUCAUUGAAUAAUUAAUGAACUAACCUCAUAUUGUGUGGUUCACCUUCA